AUCGUUCAGAACGAUCAUUCUUCUUUAAAUCAACAACAUUACCACCUGGAACACAAGUUGAUCAUAUGCAAUCUCAAUUAACUGAUGAUGGUCAAUUAAAAAUUGAAGCACCAUUUGUUGAACCAAAAGAAGCUCCAAAGUCCAUUGAAGGUCAAAAACAAUAG